GAGGAAGCCCCGCCCAUUUCCCCCGCGGUCGCCAGGACGCCUGCGCGGCAGGGAGGGGAGGCGAGGAAGCCCCGCCCCCUUUCCCGCGGCCGCCAAGACGCCUGCGCAGUAGGGAGGGGGCGUGGACAGAGCCUGACAGGGCGGCAAGGAAGCCCCGCCCCUUUUCCCGCGGCCGCCCCGACGCCUGCGCAGUAGCGAGGGGGCGUGGCCUCCCGGUCCACGACUCCGCCCACAACGACGUGAUGGGAGGGGCUCUUCGCUGCGCGUCUGCGCAUGCUUUGGCGCCAGGCUGGAUUUAAAGGGCCCGCUCCGACAAUAGGAGGGAUCGUGGUCGGAGGAUGGAGCCGGUGAGGAUGAGGUCCGGGCGGCUACUGUUGUUGCUCCUCGCCGCCUUCGGGGCGCAGGCGGAGGACGAAGAGCGCCUGCCGAGCAAGUGUGAAGUGUGCAAGUACCUGAGCUCAGAGCUGGAGGGGGAGCUGGGCCGGAGCCGCGGGUCGCGGGAAGUCCUGGAGUUGGGACAGGUGCUGGACAGCGGGAGCAGGAAGAGGCGCGUCCCGUACAGCACCUCGGAGACCCGCCUGGAGGAAGCGUUGGAUCACCUGUGCGACCGCAUCCUCGAAUACAAAGUCCACGCCGAGCGCAAGGGCAGUUUACGCUACGCCAAGGGCCCGAGCGAGACCAUGACGACGCUGAAGAACCUGGUGCAGCGGGGCGUCAAGGUGGACCUGGGCAUCCCCCCCGAACUCUGGGAUGAGCCCAGCGUGGAGGUGACGCACCUCAAGCAGCAGUGCGAGUCGAUGCUGGAGCGCUUUGAGGACGUGGUGGAGGAUUGGUACUUCCAUCACCAAGGGGAGCCGCUGCCGGCCUUCCUGUGUGAAGGGCACGUCCUGAAAGAGGGGGAGACCGCCUGCCUGCAGGAAACCUGGACGGGGAAAGAGGAGGAAGAGGUGGGAAAAGAGGAAGAGGAAGAAGGAAAAGCAAGCCCCGAGGACUCCCAUCACGACCCUUCGGAGCUUUGACCUUUUAGACUGUGAGCCCACUGUUGGGUAGGGACCGUCUCUAUAUGGUGCCAACUUGGACUUCC